CCCACGUGAUGUAAGCGUUCACUGAUCACAUGAGCACAGCACAUGGCUAUGUGAGAGCAAAGACUACGCGCUAGAAUCUUUGUGUGAGAGUAUGCAAAGUGUGCAGCAAAAGUGUUCUGUUUUGGGAUGGGCAGAGAAUGUCUAUGAAGACGAGCUGGGCGUGAGACUCUGUUAUGGGCGUGAUCAAAGUUUGCCCACCGCCAGAAGAGGAAACAUUACAGCAAGAUUCAAGCGGACCAAGCCGGUUAAAACAGAGACACUGAAUUCAGACAGGUUUGCAAGAACCAUGAAGGGAAAUGCAGUGUUUAUGCUCGUAUACGUCUUCACCUUGUGGAUGUGCCUGCCUGUAAUCGGUGUGAGAAAAAGUGGCAUAGUACAUGAGACCAUUACCCUCCCCUGCAAUCUGUUCUGCAAUGACACAUUGACAUGGACAUUGUUGGAUACUGGCCCGGUGAUCAGGUGUGAGAGAGGAGAUUGCCAAACAGGAAAGGGGUUUGAAAACAGAGUCAGGGUUUCAAAUGAAAGCUUUCAUGGCAACCGUACUCUUGGUCUCAUCAUCGGUUUACUAAAGUUCAAUGAUCAGGGUCACUAUGAAGGCAAAUGUGGUGACCGAUAUUGUGAUUAUACGCUUCAGGUUUUGGUACCUGUUGAUGUGAACGUAUCCACUGGAAACAAUGCCACCCUACCUUGCUAUGCGGCCAUGAAAAAAAACAAAGACCACAAAACGGCCUAUAUUUUGUGGGAGAGGAAUGGGGAGAUGGUACUGUUGCUUAAGAAUGGAACGUUCACUUAUGGCCGCAUGCUGGAGAACAGAGUGUCAGUUUCUAAAAAUGGCUACGAGAAUGGUGACCUCUCCCUUCACAUCGUCGAUGCCCUUCCAUCUGAUCAAGGAGUAUACGUAUGCCAGUAUUCGGACACAGGAAAAACCGAUGAUUUCAAAGGGGGUCCAAAUUCAGUAAGGCUCAAUGUACAAGGAGAGACAAAGUCUUGGUUCUGUGUAGUUCUUAGUUCCUUGGUAAUCUUAGCUUGUACAAUCAGUUUACUGGCCAUCGAUUACUGCCUGUGCAAAGGCAUCCCAAGUUAUUUUAGAUGUCCAGAGGUUCCCAGAAUGUCUGUGCCUGUACAAAAUGAUGACAGAAGCUCCACUCCUCUGAGGGAUUUAAAGGAUGUCUCCUCAGUCUGUCCCAAUUUUGAGUAAGACAUGUAAGAAGCUGAACUUUGCCCUUCUCACUAUUGUUACGGCGGUAACUAUUGUGAUUGGCGGAAAGUGGAGUUCCUGCUUGGGGCUCAUUGGACAGCCCUUCAAAGGCUCAAGUGCCUUUCUGCUGCCAGCAUCCAUGUCAGAGCUGUGGAUGGCUGUGUGUAUCGUCUUAUGUUGUCCUGAACUGUUGUCUUGCUGUGUAAUCUGGACCUGCUCAUUUUAAAGUUACUAAGGUGGUAGUGUGCCGGUCCGGCAAUUACUCCCAGUGGUGCGAGUGGCUACCAGUGGCGUAACGUAGCUGUGCUGGGCCCCGGUGCAAGCAUUUUCAUUGGGCCCCCCCUCCAACACCACCCCAACCCCCUGCGACACAAACACACACACACCCGCACACAAAAUUGAAUGAGAUGAUUCGCCAACAUGAUCAGAAUGUGACAGACAGUGGCUACCUGACUAAUCAUCGUGCUACUAUCUCUGAAUUCCCCCAACUUCCGAAACCGAAACACAGAUAACGUAUAGCCAUAGAACAAUUAAAUAGCCAUCAAGAAAAGCAUCAAGGAAAACACAGCAACAGCAACGCGGUGGCGCCUACACAAUAUAUAAUCACACAAUUGCUUAUUUUAGCCUAUAUCAGUGUGUCGCUGCGGUCAGAUAGCCUUCCACAAACAGGUCACAGAAAGAGUACCUCACAUAUGCCUACUCCAUAAAAAAGCAACCUGUAAGUAACCCAUUAGAAGUUCAAUCUAUGGGCCAGCAAAGUCAUUGAUGAUAUACUGUAUUGUUGAAACCCAACUGCCUGGCUCUGUUGUUCUCUAUGGCGAGUAUGGCCAAUCCAUUCAAUUGUUCAAGUCCCAUGCUAGCCUACUCCUUAGGUAGGACUUAACGCCAGCAGCAAGGUGUUUGAAUAGUUUUUAAAUUUCAAUCAUUUGGAUUUAGUCUCCUCCAGUUCUUGUCUUUCUUUUCUCCUCUGUGUACCACUUGUAUGUUUACUAAUUGGUGAUUGCAUUGCUGAUUAUUAUAACUAAGCUACAACACAUCCAGAAGUAGCUUCACAACAUAAUGUAAUCCCGAAUGACAGGAAGUAAGAAAUGUGUAAACACAUUUCCCCAUUCCCAGCAGGCCUUGAUCAUUUGUAAAAAUUGACAAUGAAUAAAGAAAUUUAAUAAGUUGCAGGUUUUUACUUCUAACUCAUAUUGUAGCUUAUGUUGUAACAUCUGAAAGUAAACACAAUGCAAAAUUACAUAUACAAAUAGGGUCAUCAUGACUUAACAAUUAUAGGGCACGAGAGUGGUAUAAAUAGCUGUCAAUCCCUCAAAAUUAUGAAUUGUGAGAAAAAUAUUGACAUCCGAGAGUUGCCGACGUAAUUUCAUCUUAAUUACGAUGUUGCAUGUUGGGCCCGAAUACUGACGGGAGGGGGCCCCCAUCCGUGCCUGCACCACUGCACCAUUGGUAGUUACGCCAAAGUCCUUUUAGGCAAGUCACUCCACUCAGCGGCCAUAUACCAACGUUUUAUGGGCACUCAACGGGCACAGUCUUUGGGUCGAACUGCGCGUGCGCAAGGCUUCACGACACCAAUCUUGCU